CGCCGCCCCGCUCGCACGCGCACCGCGGCGGGGGCGGGGUGCGGGCUGGCGAGGGUCAGUGCCGCCCCGCCCCGCUGCAGCCCAGCGGCUUCCUCCUCCUGCUGCUUCUCCUGCUCCUGCCUGGGAAAGCCUCGGGCAGACCCCUGCUGGGCACAGCAUGGAGGAUUCCCCCGCCAGGAGCCCGCGCCCGGUGGGCCUGACCUCCAUGGUGGCAGCGUCGCAGGUCCUGGGCCUUGCUGUGAUCAUCCUGAUGGGGGCCUGGAUGGGCCAGUAUCGAGGCGGCAUUGCUUGGGAGAGCGAGACCUUGCAGUUCAACGUCCACCCGCUGUGCAUGGUCAUCGGGAUGGUCUUUCUCCAAGGAGACGCCCUUUUGGUGUACCGAGUCUUCAGGAACGAGAGCAAGCGCUCCAGCAAGAUCCUGCACGGGCUGCUCCACGCCCUCGCCCUGGUCCUUGCGCUGGUCGGCCUGGUUGCCGUCUUCCAGUCCCACCAGCGCCAAGGGAUUCCGGACAUGUACAGCCUGCACAGCUGGUGUGGGGUGGCGGCGGUCGGCUGCUACUUCAUCCAGUGGCUGCUGGGCUUGGGCUUGUUCCUCUUCCCUGGCGCCUCCCUCCCGCUCCGCAGCCGGUACAAAGCCCAGCACGUCUUCUUCGGCGUCUUCCUCCUGCUCCUCUCUCUUGCCACGGCCCUGCUGGGGAUCCUGGAGCUGCUCCUCUUCAAGAUCCGGGACGGCUACAGCAACUUUGUCUCCGAAGGAGUCCUUGCCAACAUCCUGGGCCUCCUGCUGGUCGCCUUUGGGGCAGUGAUGGGCUACAUCUUGACCCGGGACGAGUGGAGGAGGCCCCCCCUAGCCGAGGAGCUGGCCCUCUCCAUGGACUUCAAGAACCUCACGGAAGACGAGAGCCCCGUGAGCCCCCACUAGCGCCCCUCCACACCUCUGAGCCUCACCGGGGUGGGGGGGGGAUCGCUGCGCGUCUUCGUGUGGUUGUGUCUGGCUUGUCUUGUGGCAUCUGGCUGCCACCUUCCCUGCUCCUCGUGUGUCACCCCCUGCCCUGCCCCCCCCCCACGGGACCACUUUUCUUUCCAUGCAGUUUCCUUGGGUAGACGCUAAGGAACUCCGCGUGAUGAGCAGGGAGGGGGCAGCCACUUCUCCAGCCGGGGGGAGGGCGAGUGUCCUCGGCCCUGGGGCUAGCGGGGGGGGGGGUGUCUUGUACCCUCUUGGGGAGACUCGGCUGGCGUGAGGAGAUGCUCCUCGGGAGCCCACUUUUAGCUCCUCAGUCCUCAUUGGCUGACUGGUAACUGGACUUCUCUACCUGUUACCAGAAGAGGCGAUUCAGGUGCUGAGAGGGCAGAGCAAACCCUCUCCAACUUGAAAUCCUGCUGGCCUAGAUGGGCCAAUCAAAGUGAAUUCUGUGUGCCCCUCCCCUCCCUAAUGCGCACACGCACGUGUGUACACACACACACACACACACACACACCCUCUCUCUGGUUUUAUGUACUGAGGGAUUCUUGCCGAGUUUCUCCCUUUUAUUUCCACAGCAGUGGCCAAAGUGAAUGCAGGGGGAGAGAGACCCGCAAGUGCAGGGAUCCUUCCAUUCAGUGCCACCUCUUCCUUGAGCAGCAGCGAGUUGGUGGAGGCUUUGGGGCUCUCCGUUCCACACCUGGCCUUAGUGGGGGGAGGUAUGCCCGAAAGCCCCGGACCCUCCUCUUUUCUCGGGUUUUGAUGGAGGUCUUUCUUUGGAUGCUGACAACUUGCCUGGGAAGCACAAGCUGUUCUGGGAGCGAUGGGUGGUGCUCUGAUGGACGCCCCUGCUCUGCCCAUUGUGCAACAGUCAGGACACCCUUCGGUGGUUCUUUGGGGAAGGCAGGGAGUGGGGCAGGAAGGGCUCCUUCGGGCUUUUCGGAGAUGUGCCAUGUGCCAAAGGCAGGCGACUGAACUAGCUCCAGAAGCAUCCGAGGCCAUCGUGGAGGUAAAGGCCGGAUCGGGGGCUUCAUGAGGAGGCUUUGGCUAAAGGGUGAGAAGUGGUUUGAUUGAAGCCUUGCAGGGCACCCAAAUGCUCAACAUUAACAGUCCAUGUGAAAAUAUUCAUUUUCCACGCAACUGCUUGUAUUCAAGACUUUGUUCUCUGCAAGCAGCACAAAUUGCAUACUAUAAAAAUAACUUAUAAAAUCAAAGGGGGAUAAUCCAGUUCCUAUAAAUAAACACUGACCUAAAUAUGCCUUAACACCAAAUUAACUUUUUCUUUUACUGCCCAGUAUGUAUAUUGUGUUUGGUGGAGUUCAAUAAAUAUUUACAGCAA